AAUAAUACUGAUAAAUUUCUUAGAAUCUAUUCAAAAAUUAAAUAAAUAUCAAUUUCUCUUUCAAAAUAGCAUAAGAGGAUUAAAUAUAAAAUAAAUCACUUAAGUAUUAAAGAGAUUAUUAUGAGCAAGCAGCUUUAAUCUGCCACUUAAAUUGUGUCAAAUAAUUUAAGUAGAAGACAAUCAGACAACAUUUCUAAAAAAGGAUCAAAAGACAGGAACAUUUAAUAGUAAAAAGUGACCAAACACCUAAAUCAUAAUUCUUAUAAUACAAUUAAUUGUUAGGGCAAUUUAAAUAAUUUAAGCCAUUAAAAUACAUUAAAUUUGGGAUAAAAGCAUGAUGAAAUAAAUAUUAAUAAUUGCAUAAAUGAUUUUUUUGUUGAUCAAAGCUUUAGUCAAAAUCGUAAAACUCGCUCAAAUAGCUGUGCUGGAGCUGUAAAAUCAAAUCAGAGAUAAAAAUAACUCUAAAAUUAAGAUUAUUAAUCAAAAUAUGAUAUUUCUACUAAAGAUAAAGAAUAUGCUGCAAUAGAACUGUAUAACUAUGUCAAAUCCAAUAUUGAAAAAAGCAUACUUAAUGAAUUUGACACAUUCUAAGAUAUAUUUUUAGAUUCUCAAUAUUGCCAAUUCAACGAAAAAGAUUUACUCUAAAACAUCAAGCAGCUUAUAGAAAUCCAUUUUAUCUAAUCUAAGGCUUCAGAGAAAGAAUUAAAGGAAAAGCAUGAAUAAGAAUGUGAUAGCUAUGAUAAGAAUCUUCAAAGACUUGAAGCACAAAUUCGUGAGCAUAUCAGAAUUUAGUAAGAACUUAAAUUAUAUUUGGAGUCAUCUCAAAUAAAAUGCUAAGAACAGGAAGAAUAAAUAAAAAAUUUAGAGAAAGUUCAUGCCCAACAAACUGAUUUCUUAGAAAAGGUUUGUGAAUAAAUGCAAUAAUAAUUAGAGAUAAAAGAUUCAACAAUUAAAGAAAUGACGAUUUAGAUAAGCUAAUUAAAGCAAGAAAUCAGUGUCUUAAAAGAAAACCAAACCUAAAAAUCUGCAUAAAAUAUUCCUAAAAGUAAAAUCUAAAACGAUUAUCACUAUUACUCUAAAUAGCUGAUUAACAAUUUAAGCAAUUAACGAUCUCAAACAGAAAGCUCUAGCCAAAGAAAAAUUAAAUUGAAUACUCCUACAAACAUUCAGCUAGAUUCAAAUAAUUUAGUUUAUACCGACUAAUCUUUACUGGAAGACAAGGAGAAUAAUCAAACUUAGGCUAAUCAAAUGCAUCUUUCUCUAUAUAAAAGCAUUAAGACAUCAAACAAGGAAGAAAUAUCUCCAGAAAAGAAAAUUUAGACAAUUAUUUAGCAAUAAAAAUAGCAGGAUUCUUAGCAAAAAUAAUAAAUUAGGAAUCAAGAAUAAGCCCUAUUAUUUAAUGAAAAGAAAAGCUAAAUUAAGCAGAUCUAAGAAAAAGCACCACUGUUAAAAGCAGAGAGUGUAAAUGAUUAAAAAAUUAAAAAGAAGGACACUAUGAAUGGAGAAGCCACCAUAUAAAAUAAUGGCCAAUUUUAACCAUAGUAGUAAAUAAUAUAUUAGUAGCCUAACUUUGAAAAAUAAAAUACUUCAAAUUUAUAAGCUUAAUCUUCCAUUUCCAAUAAUAAUAGUAGCAGCAUUUAAAUCAAAUCAAAUCGAAAUAUUCCUUCUAAUCUUGAAUCUAAGUACUCAACAACCAUUGAAUCUAAAUACUCAACAGCAGCAGAUACAAAAUAAAAUUCGAAUUAGAAUGAUUUGCCUAAAAACUUUUAAGAAAAAAUGAUUUAAGCUAGUAAAAAAAUCAAAGAAUAUAUCUAGUUGUAGUCUGCAAGAGAAAAAAAUAACCCGAAUAAUAGGCAAUAGCUCUUAAAUAGACUAAAGCAUUUUUCAAUGAAAAAUAGUAGAGCACCUAGUAUAUCUAAUUAAAAUAAACUAAUUUAGUAUUUCUAUGAAAAAUUUGAAGAUAAGUUAGAAAAAAACCCAUCAGAGAGAUCAAACAUAAAAUAAAAAAUGAAAACUCUAUAGUAAAUAAGUGAUAGGAGAUACUCAACUAUUAAUCACAAAACUGAAGAAAGUGAAAUUGAUAAGAAAAUAAUAGAAUAAAAGAAAAGCUAGAGACACAAUAGAUCAAAUAGCUUUAAUAUUGGUAGUUAGUAGCAUAGUUCAAGUAACUAUACAGAAUCUAAACAAAUUGAAUCUAAAUUUGCAAAAAAGCAAAAAAAUUUUAUUCCAAUAAACUCUACUUAAUCUAGCCACAACAAUAUGAGCAAUAGUGGUUUAGUAACCAAUAAUUAUAAUCUAAAUUAAAUUGGACAUCUAAACACUAAUAGUAGCAAUAUCUCAAAUUUCGUUGUAAAUAAUUCAUUUUGCAAUUGGAAUAAAAGAAGAGAAAGUGUUUUCAAUUAAAGUGGGACUAACAACAACAUAUCAUUUUAGCUUGAAGGUGCUUAAAAAAUUAUAACAAAUAAUAAUUAUAUAGAUGAAAGUAGUGAUUCUUUUGAAAAUUUCAUAAAGGAUAAUUUUAUUUUAACAAACAACUCUACAGAAAAUUUAAAAACCUUGGAGCUUUGA